AUGAGGGAGAUUAAUAUUAAUAUAGAAGGCUACAAUGUUAAUGGUAUUUGUGUUGGCUGCUUAAAUUACGGCCGUAAAAUGUUCAAUCAUGAGGACGUAAAGGAUUGUUUCAAAAUUUUAGCCGAUAUUGACGUGCCCGAUGGUCUGUCAAUCCAGGUGUGCUGGGAGUGCAUGGCCACUAUUCGCACAGUGACACGGUUCCAAGCACAGGUUUUGCACUCUUAUGAAGUGCUCAUUGAUUAUUCUAGAAAGCAUACAUUCCUAAACUCCCCUCUGGAUCUGACCCAGUAUGCGGUACAAAGACUGAGUGCGAUGAUAAUAGAAGAUAAUGUACAGAUGCCUCAGAAAGCAAUACCACAGAUGGAAGUCAAAGAUGAAUUCGAGGGCAAAUAUGAUAUUGAACUGGAACUCCCAUCGAUGCUGGCACCGCCAAUAAAAGAAGAAUCCGACUACAGCCAAGAUAUCCCUGACGAUUAUUUGUCACAGGACAUGACAUCAGAAGAUGACAUUCAGCUCUCACAGCUGAAGAAAGAAAAGGAGAAAAAGAAGAAAUUUAAAAAGAAAGGAAAAGAAAAUACGAAAAAAACCCAGUUAAGGGGAUCAAGGGAUGAUUCCAGGAAGCUCAAAAAUCUACCCCCAGACAUGGUAGAACUGUACACUAUGACCGAAGAAGAAAUGUGGCAGACAAGAAAUCAAGAUCUCGAAGACAAGGAGUUCACAAAGUUAAAAUAUAAAUGCGAAAACUGUUUAAUAGGUUUUAACACUGAGAAGUUGAUGGCGUAUCAUAUGAUCGGAAAACACCGGGCGGUAAGUGAGGAAUUAUGA